AUGCUUUUUGAGUUAUUAAUCACGUGUGCCAUCAUUGUCAUCUUACUGUCGUUGUAUGAAUGGGUAAAGGUUGUACGACGUUACCCUCCAGGUCCAUUUCCUUUACCACUCAUUGGCAAUCUCCAUCAAGCGUUCUGGGGUAGUAUUAAAAAUGGUGGACUACUCGAGACAAUGAGAAAAUGGCAAAAGGAAUACGGCGAUGUCUUCACAUUCUGGUCGGGACCAAUACCAACAGUACACAUAGCUGAUUAUACCAUUGCGAAGGAGGAAAUGAUUGGGAAAGGAGCAAAUUAUGCUGACAGAUAUACUCCUUUAGAAGGAAGGGGGACUGUAUUUUCGAGCGGAGACUUUUGGGCUGAUCAUCGUCGAUUUACUAUUAGGACAUUGCGAAAUUUUGGUCUUGGCAGUAAUGUUUUGGAAGACAGAAUUUUGGACGAGUUUCGUUAUCAUUUCAACAAGCUUGAAAAGAGUAUGGUUGAUGGAAGAGCUGUCAUUGAUGCUGCCAGCUUUUUUGACAUUUUAGUUGGAAGCGUUAUCAACCGUAUGAUUUUUUCGGAACGUUUCACAGAGAAAAAUGCGGAAGAAUACUUUCAAUUAAAGCAUGAGCUUGACGACACUUUCAUGAAAGCUACAGCAUUUGACAUAGUCAUGGGUAAAUGGACCCGAAAUGUCCCAUUUCUAGAAAAUUGGUGGCAAAGAAUGAUAUCGCCACAGGAGAGGCUACUUGUAUUUAUCAAUAAAAGAGUAGAUCAAAGAAAAGAAGAUAUUAUUGCUGGCAAACAUAUCCUGGAUGGCAACGGUGAAGACUUCGUUGACGCCUACAUUUUGAAAAUGGAUGCGGAUCGUAAAGUAGGGAUGGAUAUAAGUCGAACGUACAAAGAUGAGGAUCUUCUUUAUGAUAUUUUUGAUCUUUGGAUAGCUGGACAUGAGACUACAAGCAUAACAAUGAUUUGGGGAUUUAUGUAUCUCAUCAAAAAUCCGGAGGUUAUGAAGAAGGUGCGGAAUGAAAUCAUCACAGUCACCAACGGUAAUCGCUUCAUCUCUCUUACCGAUAAGCAGGACACCCCGUAUCUAAACUGGACCAUCUUGUUUGACCCAGCCAGAUUUGAGAGAGGAGGAAAAGCGCUUGAGCAGCUUAUUAUACCAUUCGGCAUUGGAAAACGCUCAUGCAUUGGAGAGUCAUUAGCAAAAGCGGAGAUUUACCUUGUCCUUGGCAACAUGAUUUCUCGCUACGAGAUUUCCGAAGAUCCGAAGGCACCAAUCGACGUGACUUCCAUCACACCCAAUGGAGUAAUGCAUCGGCCUCAAACUUAUAAUAUGGUUUUGGAAAAGAUUCACUCAUAA